AUGAGUGUGCUGACUGGAGCGCUGGGAAGCCUCGGCCCCAAGCUUCUGCGGCUGCUCCAGGACGAGUACAAGCUCCAGAAGGGCGUGAGGAAGCAGGUGCAGUGGCUCCGCAGUGAGCUGGAGGGCAUCCACACCUUCCUCUGCAAGGUCUCUGAUGUGCCAUGGGACCGGCUCGACGAGCAGGUGAAGAAGAUGGGUAAAGUGUUCGGCAAGGCCAAGGCUCGUCGCAGUAUUGCUGGUGCCAUCGAAGACAUCAAGAAGCAUCUCGAGGAGGUAGCCGAAAGGCGUCAGAAGUACAAACUUGAUGACAUUAUGUGCAAGCCACUCGCAACAACGUCAACUAUUGAUCCUCGCCUUAAAGCUAUGUACAAACAAGUGACGCAACUUAUUGGCGUCGACAAGUCAAGGGAUGAGCUCGUAUCCAUGCUGAUGACGUUGCAACCAGAUGAUGGUACCUCGAACCAGGAGAUGAAGAAGGUUUCUAUUGUUGGAGUUGGAGGAUUAGGAAAAUCCACCCUUGCCAAGGCGGUGUAUGAGAAGCUUAAGUCACAGUAUGACUGCGGGGCCUUCAUUUCAAUUGGUCGGGAUUAUGACUUGGUAAAAGUUUUCAUGGAUAUUCUCUUUCAUCUUGACGGUGAAAAGCAUAAGGACAUUCACAACACUCGAAGAGGCCUCGAGCUCCUCAUUCACCAACUUCGAGAAUUCCUGAAGAAAAAGAGGUAA